UACGGUACUGUGGCAUAAUGUAGUUCACCUCCUUGGUAAUGACACAUCGAUAGCAGCGCAUGUUUUUCCACACGGUGAAUGGCUUUUUAUUUUAGGCAAGAAGUUUGCGCAGAAUAGUAAAGUUUAUGAUAUCGUUUUUUUUUAAAAAACACUGUCCCGCAGGAUUGAACUUUUCAGAAGUGUAUUUUCUGUCCUUCGUUUUUUCCGAUUUAUGGAUGGAAUUGAUUGACAACAGACAAUAAUCCUGCGUGCUUAUUUUAUUCAUGUGUGUGUGCUGGUGACCGGUUACCAUGGAGAAGCAGGCGGUGCAGAGGGCCAGAGAGGCUUUCCUCGCUGGGAGGUCGCGACCCCUGGAGUUCAGAGUUCAGCAGCUCAAGUCUCUCCAGAGGAUGAUCACAGACAGACAGGGAGAGAUCGCCACCGCCCUCAAACAGGACAUCAACAGGAGCCAGUACGACACCCCACUGUUUGAGUUGAUCGGCCUGGAGAAUGAGAUCAGCCUGGCUGUGUCGAAGCUGGCCCAGUGGGCUGCUCCUCGGCCUGUAGAGAGGAACCUCCUCACCAUCUCAGACCAGGCGUACAUCCAGCCGGAGCCCCUGGGAGUGGUCCUCAUUAUCGGGGCCUGGAACUACCCCUGGGCCCUAACCCUGCAGCCCCUGGUCGGGGCUAUCGCUGCAGGCAAUGCAGCUGUGGUGAAGCCGUCUGAGCUGAGUGUAUACUCAGCUAGUCUCCUCAAAGCUCUGCUCCCACGAUAUCUGGACCAGGAGCUGUACCCUGUAGUGUGUGGGGGCGUGUCAGAGACUCAGGAGUUGCUGCGUCAGCGUUUCGACCACGUCUUCUACACAGGGAACAGCACUGUGGGUAAACUGGUGAUGGAGGCAGCAGCCCGACACCUCACCCCCGUGACCCUGGAGCUAGGGGGGAAGAGCCCCUGUUAUAUCGAUAAGGACGUCGACCUCAGAGUCGCAUGCCGGCGUAUCACGUGGGGGAAGUUUGUGAACUGUGGUCAGACGUGCAUCGCCCCAGACUACAUCCUGUGUGAACCCAGCAUCCAGAACAGAGUGGUGGAGGGCAUCCGGCAGACACUACUGGAGUUUUAUGGGCCUGACCCCAAAUCCUCCCCUGACUACGGCCGCAUCAUCAACCAGCGCCACUUCAACCGCUUGAUGACUCUACUGGAGGGCUACACGGCAACAGUAGGGGGGCAGAGUGACUCAUCACAGCGCUACAUUGCCCCCACGGUGGUGAAGGACGUGCCCCCCCAGGCUAGGCUGAUGCAGGAGGAGAUCUUCGGGCCCCUGUUGCCCAUAGUGACCGUCAGCGACAUAGAUGACGCCAUCCACUUCAUCAACGAGAGAGAGAAGCCCCUGGCGCUCUACCUCUUCUCCUCCAACAAGAAGGUGAUAAAGCGAAUGCUGGCUGAGACUACCAGUGGCGGGGUGACAGUCAACGACGUUAUUAUGCACUACACCCUCAACUCUCUGCCCUUUGGGGGUGUAGGUCAGAGUGGAACAGGAAGGUAUCAUGGGAAGCACACCUUUGACCAGUUCAGCCAUCAUCGGGCGUGUCUGGUCAAGUCCCUGGGCAUGGAGGAGGUCCACAUGGUGCGGUAUCCACCCCAGAACCACCAGAAGGUUCGCAGGGUCAGGCUGGCCAUGAGGACUCCACUGGUCGACUUUUCCAAGGGCACCUACAUCUGGGCCGUCACGGCGUCCAUUGUGGCUCUGGGACUCCUGGUCGCCCUGACUGUGAUUCUAAUACUAGCGGCCGGUGUCAGCUGCACCUGUUUGUGAUUGAUGGAUAGACACAGUGAAGUUAAGGUUGCACAUUUUGGUAACUUCCCCAAAAUCUACCGGUAUUCCAGAAAUCCCUACUGGAGGAUUUCGGAUUUCCUGCUUCUUCCCUUAUGAUUCCGGGAAUCUUCCUACCUUUCUCAGGAAAACCUGGUAAUUUUGGGAAAGAGUAGAGACACCAUGGACUGUGGUAUUAACACAUUAAUGUCAAGUCAUUAUGUGAUUAUUGUUGCAUCCUAUCUCUCCCCUCUCUCUCCUUCUCUCUGUUCUCUCUCUCUCUCUGUCCUCUCUCUCGUUCUCUCUCUCUCUCCUUCUCUCUGUUCUCUCUCUCCUUUUCUCUGUUCUCUCUCUCUCCUCUCUCCCCUCUUUCUCCUUCUCUCUGUCCUCUCUGUCCUCUCUCUCCUUCUCUCUGUCCUCUCUCUCCUCUCUGUUCUCUCUCCUCUCCUCUGUCCUCUCUCUCCUUCUCUCAGGUCUCUCUCCUCUCCUCUUUCCUCUCUGUCCUCUCUGUCCUCUCUCCUUCUCUCCCCUCUCUCUCCUCUCUCCUAUAUCUCUCCCCUCUCUCCUCUCCUCUUUCCUCUCUCCUCUCCUCUGUCCUCUCUCUCCUCUCCGUUCUCUCUCAUCUAUCGCUCCCCCCUGUCCCCUCUCUCCUUUUCUCUGUCCUCUCUCCUUCUCUCCAUUUUCUCUCUCUCUCCCCUCACUCCCCUCUCUCUCUCCUCUCUCCGUUCUCUCUGUUCUCUCUCCUAUAUCUCUCCAUCACCCUCCUGAAGUUGUUGUGUAGACAGUAGACAUACAGUGCAUUCAGAAUGUUUCAGACUCCUUAACUUUUUCCACAUUUUGUUACGUUACAGCCUUAUUCUAAAAUGUAUUACAUUUUCCCUCAUCAAUCUACACAUAAUACCCCAUAAUGACAAAGCAAAAACAGGUUUUUAAUUUGUUACAAAUGUAUAAAAAAACAACUGAAAUAUCACAUUUACAGAAGUAUUUCGAACCUUUACUCAGUAUUUUGUUGAAGCACCUUUGGCAGCGAUUACAGCCUCAAGUCUUCUUGGGUAUGACGCUACAAGCUACACCUGUAUUUGGGGAGUUUCUCCCAUUCUUCUCUGCAGAUCCUCUCAAUCUCUGUCAGGUUGGAUGGGGAGCGUCGCUGCACAGCUAUUUUCAGGUCUCUCCAGAGAUGUUCAAGUCCGGGUUCUGGCUGGGCCACUCAAGGACAUUCAGCGACUUGUCCUGAAGCUACUCCUGCAUUCUCUUGGCUGUGUGCUUAGGGUCGUUGUCUUGUUGGACGGUGAACCUUCACCCCAGUCUGAGGUCCUGAGUGCUCUGGAGCAGGUUUUCAUCAAGGAUCUCUCUGUGCUUUGCUCUCCAUUCAGUUUUCCCUCAAUCUCUCAGUCCCUGCUGCUGAAAAACACCCCCACAGCAUGAUGCCGCCACCACCAUGCUUCAUCGUAGGUAUUGUGGGAGAAUUAUAUACAUGAUUUGAUAACAAAAGAGAAAAGGUACACUUAUGGGUGCAUUCCAUGUUCUGGUAAAAUGCAUUUUCUAUUGUAUAGGGCAGGAAGAAGUUAAAGGUUAUAGGGGACACUAAAAAUGCAGACACAUAGACGCUUAGGCUAGCUGGACAUUCAAGGAUCAAAGAGGUUGCCUAAGGACGGGGUCAGCCAAAUGACUGUAACUGAUGGAUUGCAGGCAUCAGUCACAUCACAGGGGAAACACAAGUCUGUUUGAUCUUAGACAACCAUAUGAAAAGAAGGUGACCAGAACAAAUGGGAACCCUAAAGCUAAAUGAGAUGAAAGACACAUACAAUAGGGACACAGAGUUAAUUACAGGGUCUGAGCACAGGCCACAGGAAGGGAGGAUGUAUAUUAUCUUUAGGUCAAAGGAAAGGUCUUGACAUCAUAUAAUCUGACUGGAAGCAGAUGUGGGCGUUAUUGAGCUGAACAAGCAGGGCGCACAGAUUGGAAUGAAACGUAAUUUACAUAUGGGAUGGGCUCAUAUGCAAUAUGUGGAUAAAUACCGGAGCCAGGGCUCUGGAAAAGGGGUGUGUUCCGCGGAUCACUCCGGCUUAUGAUACGGGUGUAUUAAAAGUCUAUAUUGAUUUUCACAAAGUUCCUGGUCGUGUCGUAUUUGAACUGAUUUGCCACUACAGUAUUGUGCCAGGUUUCCUCCUGUGACGCUUGGCAUUCAGGCCAAAAUCAGGCUAAAGAGUUCAAUGUUGGUUUCAUCAGACCAGAUAAUCUAGUUUCUCAUGGUCUGAGUGUCCUUUAGGUGCCUUUUGACAAACUCCAAGCGGGCUGUCAUGUGCCUUUAACUGAGGAGUGGCUUCCAUCUGGCCACUCUACCAUAAAGGCCUGAUUGGUGGAGUGCUGUCAGAGUGAACUCUGACUAUCACGUUCUUGGUCACCUCUGACCAAGGCCCUUCUCCCCCGAUUGUUCAGUUUGGACUGGCGACCAGCUCUAGGAAGAGUCUUGGUGGUUCCAAACUUCUUCCAUUUAAGAUUAAUGGAGGCCACUGUGUUCCUGGGGACCUUCAAUGCUGCAGAAAUGUUUUGGUACCCUUCCCCAGAUCUGUGCCUCGACACAAUUCCUUCGACCUCAUAGCUUGGAUUUUGCUCUGACAUGCACUGUCAACUGUGGGACCUUAUAUAGACAGGUGUGUGCCUUUCCAAAUCAUGUCCAAUCAAUUGAAUUUGGACUCCAAUCAAGUAGAAACAUCUAGAAACAUCUCAAGGAUGAUGUAGAAACAUCUAGAAACAUCUAGAAACAUCUCAAGGAUGAUGUAGAAACAUCUAGAAACAUCUCAAGGAUGAUGUAGAAACAUCUCAAGGAUGAUGUAGAAACAUGUAGAAACAUCUCAAGGAUGAUGUAGAAACAUCUAGAAACAUCUCAAGGAUGAUGUAGAAACAUCUAGAAACAUCUAGAAACAUCUCAAGGAUGAUGUAGAAACAUCUAGAAACAUCUCAAGGAUGAUGUAGAAACAUAUAGAAACAUCUCAAGGAUGAUGUAGAAACAUCUAGAAACAUCUCAAGGAUGAUGUAGAAACAUCUAGAAACAUCUCAAGGAUGAUGUAGAAACAUCUCAAGGAUGAUGUAGAAACAUCUAGAAACAUCUCAAGGAUGAUGUAGAAACAUCUAGAAACAUCUCAAGGAUGAUGUAGAAACAUCUCAAGGAUGAUGUAGAAACAUCUAGAAACAUCUCAAGGAUGAUGUAGAAACAUCUAGAAACAUCUCAAGGAUGAUCAAUGGAAACAGGAUGCGGCUACAUUUCGAGUCUCAUAACAAAGGGUCUGAAUACUUAUGGUAUUUCUGUGUUUUAUUUUUAAUACAUUUGCAAAAAAUGUGUAAAAACCUGCUUCCGUGUUGUCAUUAUGGGCUAUUGUGUGUAGAUUGAUGAGGGGGGGGGAUGAUUUAAUUCCAUUUUAGAACCAGGCUGUAUCGUAUUAAAAUGUGGGAAAAGUGAAGGGGUCUGAACACUUUAGGGUUGCACAUUCUGGUAACUUUCCCCCCAAAUUCCCUUCCUGAAAUCCCUACUGGAGGAUUUCUGAUUUCUUGCUUCUUCCAUUAUGAUUCCGGGAAUCUUCCUACCGGAAAUAUUCCUACCUUUCUCAGGAAAAACUGGUAAUUUUGGGAAAGAGUAGAGACACCAAUGCAUUAUUGUCAAGGUAUUAUGUGAGUUUCUUUAGUCUGUACCUUCCAUGUCUUCAUUUUUUAAAUGACUUCUGUUGAAUGAAUUUGUAUCAAAUUAAUGUUUGACAUUUUUUUUUACGACAUUAUAUAAUACUAUUCAUGAAGUUCUCUCAUUUAACUACAGUUAAAAAGAUGAAGUAGGCUAAUCAAUGAACUACUGUAUUGAAAACCAGGUUUUUAGAGCAAAGCCUUAAUGUUCCGCACACAUAAAACGUUGGCGCAUAUGCCCCAGUGUUAGAGAAAUGUUGUUGCCUCUUUCCUUUUAAAGUGGAUGGUGGUGGUAGUUGGCACUACAUAUACAGAAAAUAGGAUACCAUUUGGGACAGACAUACCAUACGAUAUAGACUGAGUGUACAAAACAUUAGGAACACCUGCUCUUUCCAUAACACAGACUGACCAGGUGAAUCCAGGUGAAAACUAUGACCCCUUAUUGAUGUCACCUGUUAAAUCCACUUAAAAUCAGUGUAGAUGAAGGGGAGGAGACCUGGUUGAAGAAGGAUUUUUAAGCUUUGAGACAAUUGAGACAUGGAUUGUGUGUGGGUGCCAUUCAGAGGGCGGAAUGGGCAAGACAAAAGAUUUAAGUGCCUUUGAGCAGAGAAUGGUAGUAGGUGCCAAGCGCACCGGUUUGUGUCAAGAACUGCAACGUUGCUAGGCUUUUCUUUGGGACUGAGUUGGAGGGUAGUGCGUCUUUGGGACUGAGUUGAAGGGUAGCGUGUCUUUGGGACUGAGUUGGAGGGUAGCGUGUCUUUGGGACUGAGUUGGAGGGUAGCGUGUCUUUGGGACUGAGUUGGAGGGUAGUGCGUCCCUGGGACUGAGUUGGAGGGUAGCGUGUCUUUGGGACUGAGUUGGAGGGUAGCGUGUCCU